CAGGAGUGUCAUCCAUGGUUGCCUGCAGAUGAAAUAUAGGCCUCUUGCUGCAUCCUUUUACUUCUCUCCCUCCAUCUCCUCCCACUGUCUUGCCUUUGAUAGUUGCUGCCCUUGUUUGUUCGUUCACUGUCUGUCUCUCUCCCUGUCCCUCCCUUUCCUCUCUCCUUUCCUCUCUUUCUUCCUCUCCCCUCCCCUUCCUUCCACCCCCUCUCCCUCCAUCCAUCCCUCUCUCCCUCCCCCUCCUGCCGCGCCCGCCCUCCCUCCCUCCCCUCCACAGCAUUGCAGCAUUCGCAGACUGCAGCUCCCAGACGCCGCCCGCAUCCCUCCGGCCUCCGAAGCCCCAGCAGCCGCCAGCACCAUGGCCAGCACCGUAUCUGCCUACAAGGAGAAGAUGAAGGAGUUAUCUGUGCUGUCGCUCAUCUGCUCCUGCUUCUACUCGCAGCCUCACCCGAACACCAUCUACCAGUAUGGGGAUAUGGAAGUGAAGCAGCUGGAUAAGCGGGCCUCUGGCCAGAGCUUCGAGGUCAUUCUCAAGUCUCCUUCUGACCUGUCUCCAGAGAGCCCUGUGCUCUCUUCUCCCCCCAAGAGGAAGGAUGCUUCCUUGGAAGAGCUGCAGAAGCGGCUGGAAGCAGCUGAGGAGCGGAGGAAGACUCAGGAGGCUCAGGUGCUGAAGCAGCUGGCAGAGCGGCGUGAGCAUGAGCGGGAGGUGCUGCACAAGGCGCUGGAAGAAAACAAUAACUUUAGCCGCCUGGCGGAGGAGAAGCUGAACUACAAGAUGGAGCUGAGCAAGGAGAUCCGUGAGGCGCACCUGGCAGCGCUGCGCGAGCGGCUGCGCGAGAAGGAGCUGCACGCUGCUGAGGUGCGCAGGAACAAGGAGCAGCGGGAGGAAAUGUCUGGCUAAGGAGCAUUGGACCCAGCGUGACAAGAACAUUUUCCGGUUUUGUUUUUGUUUUCAAUUCUGUCUAGAUGCGAAUUUUGUGCCUGCUCCUAUCUGCUCCCCUGUACCCCCAGCUUCCUGCUUUUUCCCCACACUCUGAACUGUCCAGUCCUUGUGAUGUGUCUGACCUUGGGCUCUUCCUGAAGGAGCUCCUUAGGCAGGAGAUAUGGUCCCUAUUCAGACACUAGCCCAGGUGAGGCUGGGGCUCUCUUAGUGGCCCUCUUAGUGGAUGUGUUGGCAAUCUUAAUAAAUCUAGUGGCAGUGGCACAAA